GGAGAAUUAUCCAGCUAAACAACCUACCACCAGGCCAUACUAUUGAACACAACUUGCUGGAGUUGCCUAGCUAGCAUCUUCAUGUCUGGGUGGCCCUCAUCUCCACUUCAACUGUGGUAGAAGAAGCCAUUAAUAUGGGCUUUAAUUGAUCAAGCCCUUAUAUAUAUCCAUCCACAUUCUCUUCACAACAUGCCAGAGGUGUCUCUACUGACAAACCCAGUUGUUUCUAACGGUUCCCCCAUGGACAAAUCCUCAGUCUUUGCAGGUUCCUGGCUGGCUUUAGGGCUGGUGCUGGCAUGGGCACUUGUUGCACCUCAAGCUGAGGCUAGGGCCUUCUUCGUUUUCGGUGACUCGCUUGUUGACAGCGGAAACAAUGACUACUUGUUCACCACCGCCCGCGCUGAUUCACCCCCUUAUGGCAUUGAUUACCCUACUGGUCGUCCCACUGGACGUUUCUCCAAUGGCCUUAACAUUCCUGACAUUCUCAGUGAGCAAAUUGGGUCUGAACCAACUUUGCCAUACUUGAGCCCUGAGCUCACCGGAGAAAGGCUACUCGUCGGUGCCAACUUUGCAUCUGCAGGCAUUGGGAUCUUAAACGACACUGGAAUUCAGUUUCUUAACAUAAUCCGAAUAUGGAAGCAGUUGAAGUACUUCCAACAAUACCAGCAAAGGGUGAGUGGUCUGAUUGGAGUGGAGCAGACUCAGCGACUAGUAAACCAGGCGCUGGUCCUCAUCACCCUGGGGGGCAACGAUUUCGUCAAUAACUACUACUUGGUUCCCUACUCAGCCAGAUCUCGCCAAUUUUCUCUACCAGAUUACGUCCGAUACCUCAUCUCUGAGUAUCGAAAAGUUCUAAUAAGGCUAUUCGAGUUGGGAGCUCGCAGGGUUCUGGUGACGGCUACGGGACCAUUGGGGUGUGUUCCGGCAGAGCUGGCCAUGAGGAGCAGAACUGGAGAAUGUGCCAUCGAAUUACAACGUGCGGCAGGCUUGUUCAACCCACAGCUUUUUCAAAUGUUAGACGGGCUCAACAAUGAAAUCGGUUCACAAGUAUUUAUUGCUGCGAAUGCAUUUGGUAUGCAUAUGGAUUUCAUCAGUAAUCCUCAAGCUUAUGGAUUCGUUACAUCUAAGGUAGCAUGUUGUGGGCAAGGACCUUACAAUGGGCUCGGACUUUGUACAGUGGCCUCUAGUUUGUGCCCAAACCGAAAUUUAUAUGCAUUUUGGGAUGCAUUCCACCCCUCAGAAAGGGCAAAUAGAAUCAUCGUACAACGCAUAUUGACAGGAUCAACCGAGUACAUGUACCCCAUGAACCUAAGCACCAUCAUGGACUUGGAUUCAAGGAUCUAAAAGAUUAUGGGAUCUUUAUGAUGUUAUUUGUAAUUGAUUAAUAUCAUAUACUUCCCUAGAGUUGUAGGUUAAUUUGAUGUUUAUGCAUGUAUGGUUGUCUUAAACUUGCUCUUUUGUUAGAUGGUCUAAGCUCUCCAGCCCAAAUACUUAGUCAAUAACAAAAGGCUAAGGGGCAAUUGCAAUUUAUUUUGGACAUUGUUGAAUGUUAAGUUUCUAUUAUUAUUA